AACAAGCUGAUCCUCCUCUUUGGGAAAAGCUCUAAAACCAGUAAGCCCUCUUUUCAGUAGUUAAUAAAAUCCAAUCUAAUUAUCAAAAAACAAAACCAAAAUGAUGAGCAAAUCAAGAGUUUUUUCUUCACUCUCAACUCAGUUUCUUGUUCUAAUUCAUCUAUUUGUUUGUAGUUGUUUCUCAAAAGAGAAUGGGUUUGAACCCUUGAUUCAACUUCCCAGUAAAUUAAGAAGAAUUAGCUCAGGAAGUGUUUACAAUGUUAAUGAUUAUGGAGCUAAAGGAGAUGGUUACAACAAUGAUACCCAGGCUUUUAAAGAUGCCUGGGAUGUUGUUUGUUCUCUUCGAUCACUGUCAAUACUUGAGAUUCCGAUAGGAAAUUAUCUGGUAUGGCCAGUGGAUUUUGCGGGUCCUUGUCAAUCCAAGGUGACCUUGAAGAUAUCUGGUACUAUUGUUGCUCCUAAUGAUCCUGAACUUUGGCAUGGUUUAAACCCAAGGAAAUGGUUAUAUUUUCUAGGAGUAAAGCACCUUUCUGUUGAAGGAGGGGUUAUUGAUGGGAUGGGAGAGAAGUGGUGGAUGCGUUCCUGCAAAGUCAACAAGACAAAUCCAUGUUCACAUGCUCCAACGGCUGUUACAUUUCAUAAAUGCAAGAAUUUGAUGGUAACGAACCUGAUGAUAGUUAAUAGCCAACAAAUGCAUAUAGCUUUCUCAAGCUGUAUCAGGGUCAAGGUAUCUCAUCUUAAAGUGAUUGCCCCAAUUUGGAGCCCUAACACGGAUGCAAUCCACAUUAGCCGGUCUACUUACGUGGAGGUGAAGAGUGUCAUUAUCGAAACAGGUGAUGACUGCGUAUCUAUAGUAAGCAAUUCUUCUAGGGUGCGAAUCAUGGACAUUUCUUGCAAGGCUGGCCACGGAAUAAGUAUUGGAAGUUUAGGGAAGUAUAAUUCUUGUUCUCAAGUGCAUGAUGUUGUGGUCGAUGGAGCCUUUCUGUCUAACACUCAGAAUGGAUUGAGGAUCAAAACAUGGCAGGGAGGUUCAGGUUUUGCCGAGAAAAUCACUUUUAAGAAUGUACUAAUGGAGAAUGUCUCGAACCCAAUAAUCAUCGACCAAUAUUAUUGCGACUCUAGGACACCGUGUAAAAACCAGACUACAUCAGUUGAGGUGCGCAACAUUUCUUUCAUGGGGAUCAAAGGAACUUCAGCAACUGAAGAAGCUAUAAGAUUUGCUUGUGGUGACAGUUCGCCGUGUGAAAGAAUAUACUUGAAAGAUAUUGAACUAUUGUCAAUCUCUGGUGGAACCACAAGUUCUUUUUGCUGGCAAGUUAAAGGUUCAAGUUCUGGGCAAGUAUAUCCUCUGCCUUGUUUUUCAUGCAGUCAAAGCUUCAUCAAACAAAACUUUCUUAUUCGGGAUGGCAACCUUGAGGCUUCACUAUAAAUAUCUCUCUUUCAAGUAUAUAUGGUAUAUGACUAUUAUCCAAAUGUUAUCUAUAUAGAAUGGCAGUGAAAUACUAGCAGUUACCCAGUGUGGACAAUCUGAUUAUUUACACUUUUACUUGUAUAACUUACAAGUUUUUCAGUUAGCAAGACCAGUGUAAUCAAGAAAGUUCCUUACCAAUAAAUACGAGAUAUUGCAUCUGCAAGUCAUUCUCGAGUGGGUGGCGAACACCCCAUACUGUAUAAAUUACAUUAUCACAAGGGUGUUGAAAGUGUAGUGUGGCCUUUUGGCAUAACUCUCUUCCUUGAUAAUUGCUUGUUAGUUGUUA